AUGCGCCAGAGGCGAUGGUUGGAGCUUGUGAAGGAUUAUGAUUGCACCAUUCAGUACCAUCCGGGGAAGGCGAACGUAGUAGCAGACGCCCUAAGCCGAAAGGUGAGGGGUGAGUUAGUUUGCUCUAUCACUCAGCAGCGUCAGUUGAUUCAUGAGUUCGCCCGGAUGCAGCUAGAGGUGGUCGAAUCACCUCCCAAGUUACCAGUUGUGAGAGGUAUUCGAGCGAUGAGAGUGUGGCCCACGUUACAAGAUAAAAUUCGGCGUGAUCAAGCAUUUGACGAUUUCGUUCGUACGAUAGGGGCCAAGAUUCACGCCGGUGGAGUAGAGGGCCUUUACCGAGGCACAGCUGGUACCUUUGAGUACAAGGGAAGGAUUGUUGUGCCGAAUGUCGAGGCAAUGAAGAAGGAAUUACUGACUGAGGCCCACAGUACGCCAUAUCUAGCCCACCCUGGGAGUACCAAGAUGUACCACGAAUUGAAAAGGUCGUUCUGUUGGCGAGGGAUGAAAAGAGAUGUAGCAGACUUCGUGGAGAAGUGUUUGGUCUGUCAACAAGUUAAGGCCGAACACAAGUGUCCCAUAGGUCUGCUACAGCCACUUGAGAUUCCCAGCUGGAAGUGGGAAGAGGUUACCAUGGACUUCGUCACAGGGCUACCUAAGUCGUCCGAGCAUCACGACGCAAUUUGGGUAGUGGUAGACAGGCUGACGAAAGUCGCACAUUUUAUGCCUGUGUCAAUGACCAUGUCGAUGGAUCAAUUCUGGGAGAGUUUGCAUGAGGCAAUGGACACCCAGUUAAAGUUCAGUUCGGCUUACCAUCCAGAGACGGACGGCCAGUCCGAGAAGAUGAUCCAGACGCUCGAGGAUAUGCAUCGAGCCUUGAUUCUGGACAGAGGUGCUAAGUGGGAGAAGUGGUUGCUACUAGUCAAGUUCGCCUACAAUAACAGUUAUCAGGCAUCGAUUCAGAUGGCUCCCUACGAAGCACUUUACGGCCGCAAGUGUCGUUCGCCCCUUUACUGGGAUGACGUCGGAGAGCGACGAGUACUCGGUCCGAAGUUGAUCGAGGAGACAGUUAAGCAAGUUCUACCAAUGAGAGGUGUCGUCCGCUUCGGGAAGAGAGGGAAGUUGCAUCCUCGCUACAUAGGUCCGUUCGAGGUUCUCGAGCGAGUGGGCGAAGUCGCCUAUCGAGUAGCUCGGCCUCCCAAGUUGGCUAGCGUACAUAACGUGUUUCACAUUUCGAUGUUACGCCCAUACGUGUGCGAUCCCGAGCAUGUGCUUCAGCACAAUGAGAUUCAGCUUCAGCCAGAUUUGACUUACGAGGAGCAGCCGGUAGCAUUAUUGGAUCGAAAGGUCCUUCGGCUCAGGAAACGAGAUAUUCCCCUCAUUCGUAUCAGAAGGAAUCGCCACGGAGAUUCAGAUGCCACUUGGGAGCGUGAAGUGGACAUUAGAGCUCGUUUUCCAGAUUUGGAUUUCUGA